CUAAAGCAGCGUACUUGAGAGAGAAAGCGCCGCAAAGCAUCCAGUCCUCUUAAUCCCGAAAGAUUGAAGCUUUGUAUUUUUCCUCUUAAUCCCGAAAAUUUUGCAGUGGCGGCGGCGGCGGCGGCGGCGGCAGCUUUAGCUGAGGAAGAAGAAGAAGGAAGAAGGCGACUUCCGGAGGGCUUUACCGUAUUUUGAAUAAGGAACAAAAGAAAAGAAAAGGAGGCAGCUUGUACAGAGUAAUAGCUAUCCCUCUUUCCUUCCGGAGGAUUGGUCGUCUUUUUCUCCUUGGCAGGAGACGAGUGAGGUGAAUUUCAGAAUCUUUGCCUUUCCGGGAGGAUAACUGGAACUUCACAGUUCAGGCUUAUAGAGAUUUCGGCCUUUUUCUUGUCUUGGUGUAUCUUCUUCCUGCUUAGUAUAUGUGAAAGGAACGUUUCAAGGGUUUCCCAAUGACUUCAUCCUGAAAAGAGGUGCAAUGGCUAAGGACUACCCUGGGCCUGCCAAUUUCUACCAGCUGGAAUCGAGGAGGCAGCGCCUCACAUGGAUCCUAGCAAUAAGCAGCCUCUGUGCCAUCUUCUACGUUAUAGGCGCUUGGCAGAACUCUUCCAUUCCCAAAUCCAACCAUUCAAAUAUCUCCAAAGUCAGGUGCGACGACAUCAGUGACAGUACCGCCUUGUCGAAGAACAGCCUCCAUGGUGCCACCUCCUUACAAUCAAAUGCCAACCUUGAUUUCAAUGCUCACCACCAGCUAGACCUAAAAAAUACUUCACCUUCCAUGGAGAACUUUCAACCUUGUGCCAUGAACUUCAGUGAAUACACUCCUUGCGAGGACCGAACCAGAGGGAGGAGGUUUGAAAGAGCAAUGCUGGUUUAUAGAGAACGCCAUUGUCCUACCAAGGAUGAGCUUAUCAGAUGCUUGAUCCCAGCUCCGCCAGGGUAUAAGAAACCUUUCAAGUGGCCUCAAAGCAGAGAUUAUGCUUGGUACCACAACAUCCCUCACAAGAAACUAAGUGUUGAGAAGGCUGUUCAGAACUGGAUCCAGGUUGAGGGUGAUCGUUUCCUAUUCCCAGGUGGCGGCACGAUGUUUCCUGAAGGCGCUGAUGCUUAUAUUGAUGAUAUCAAUGAACUCAUUCCGUUAACUGAUGGGAGUAUAAGGACUGCAAUUGAUACUGGUUGUGGAGUUGCAAGUUGGGGAGCUUAUCUACUGAAGAAGAGCGUACUGACAAUGUCUUUUGCUCCGAGAGAUACACACGAGGCACAGGUCCAGUUUGCGCUGGAACGAGGAGUUCCAGCCAUGAUAGGAGUAAUGGCAUCAAUGAGGAUUCCAUAUCCUGCAAGAUCUUUCGAUAUGGCUCACUGUUCUCGCUGCUUGAUCCCCUGGCAAGCUCAUGAGGGUCUGUAUCUAUUGGAGGUUGACAGGGUUCUACGACCUGGAGGAUUCUGGAUUCUUUCAGGUCCACCUAUCCAUUGGAAGAAGUAUUACAGAGGCUGGGAAAGAACUCAAGAAGAUCUGAAGCAAGAACAAGAUGCGAUAGAGGAGGUUGCCACACACAUAUGCUGGAAGAAAGUGAUCGAAAAGGAAGAUCUGUCUAUUUGGCAGAAGCCCAUCAACCAUAAUGAAUGCAUCAAUUCAAGAAAAGUUUAUCAAACACCCCACAUAUGCAAGAAUGGCAAUGCUGAUGCUGCUUGGUACAAGAAAAUGGAGACUUGCAUUACUCCAUUGCCAGAAACCAGCAAAGAUGUUGAUGUUGCCGGCGGAGAGCUGCGAAAAUGGCCAGAGAGGGCUUUUGCCGUGCCGCCUCGAAUAAGCAUGGGAACUAUUCCCGGCAUUACCGCUGAGAAGUUUGAGGAGGAUAACAAGAUGUGGAAGGAGAGGGUGGCAUACUACAAGAAGCUUGCACCAACACUAAGCCGAGGACGCUAUCGAAAUGUGAUGGACAUGAAUGCCAACAUUGGAGGAUUCGCCGCGGCGAUAGACAAGUACCAAGUUUGGGUGAUGAAUGUUGUUCCUGUGAAUUCUGAUCAGGAUACGCUUGGUGUUAUUUACGAAAGGGGAUUCAUCGGCACUUAUCAGGAUUGGUGCGAAGCAUUCUCAACAUAUCCUAGAACUUAUGACUUCAUCCAUGCUGAUGGUGUUUUCAGCACCUACCAAGAAAGAUGUGACAUAACAUAUAUUCUCCUAGAGAUGGAUAGAAUACUGAGGCCAGAGGGAACAGUAUUGUUCAGAGAUACUGUGGAGGUUUUGGUAAAGAUUCAAACACUCAUAAGGGGAAUGAGAUGGGAUAGUAAGAUGAUGGACCAUGAGAGUGGACCAUUCAAUCCUGAAAAGAUCUUGAUUGCUGUGAAGAGCUACUGGACUGGACAAGCAACCAAAUAGCAAUAAACUUCAAAUCUUUAUCUUUGUAUAAUUAAUCUCUUACUGCUAAUCUCUUUAAGAUGUAAUAUUUACAGAGUUAAUAGGCAAAUAGCAAUCUGCAUGUACAAGAUCUGUAUUUACAGGUUCUGUUUGGGAUAGAUAAUGUGUUUUAUAAAAUUUUUAGUGAAGUUACUGUUGGGAAAA